UUUCGUAAUUCAAUCUGAAACGUUUGCUAACAGGCACACUAUUUCAUUUUGGUGUUACAUACUACUUAUAUCUGUCAAAAUGUGUAGCAUCCGUCACGCGUUUAUCCGUUUUUUAAUGGUUGAAUUAAUCAAGUGUGAUUGAAAUGGAUUGAUAUAAACCUCAUAACACCAUACAAUUCAUCACAUUUUAUGCUGUUUGUACUUUUGUUCCUUUACAUUAGCUACUGGAUCAGCAUGUCCAUCAAAUCCUGGAAUUGUAUGUAGUCAUGAUUAUUUAUUAGUGGAUGAUCGUAUAUCUAAUGUUUAUGACGGUAUAAUUAACAAUAUACCAAUAAUUCGUUUUUGUUUAAUCAAUAAUUCCACAUUGAAAACAAUCGCCACAAAGACAAAAACAAAAUUACCAGAAGUAGAAAUGAUCAAUUCGUCAUCAUCAUCAUCAUUAUCUUCUCCUUCUUUGAUCCCCUCUGGAUCCUUUUCAUUGAAUUCAAUAGAUUAUAAUAAAUUAUAUGCACCAGAUGAAUCAUAUUUAGUUGAGCAAAUUUUUGAUCCAAUCAGUAAUGUAUACGGUUGACAGUUUACAUCAAAUUGAAAUUUAUUAGAUCCAUAUAUUAUUCAUGGAAAAGGCAUAGUGUUAGAAUAUAUUGUUGACUUAGGCUCUAUACUUGGAAUAUGAAUAUUCCUUUUGGCCACUCUUCUUGUUGUCUAUCGUCUAAGGCAUAAAUGAAAUUUCAUCAGCUUUCGCUUCGUCAUCAUCCUCAUCUAUUUUUAUCAUUGUCAUCGUUUAGAUCUGUAUUGUCAAAUAAUAAUAAUUUAAUAUUAGCUACUGGAUCAGCAUGUUCAUCAAAUCCUGGAAUUGUAUGUAGUCAUGAUUAUUUACUAGUGGAUGAUCGUAUAUCUAAUGUUUAUGACGGUAUAAUUAACAAUAUACCAAUAAUUCGUUUUUGUUUAAUCAAUAAUUCCACAUUGAAAACAAUCGCCACAAAGACAAAAACAAAAUUACCAGAAGUAGAAAUGAUCAAUUCAUCAUUAUCUGCUUCUUCGAUCUCCUCUGGAUCCUUUUCAUUGAAUUCAAUCGAUUAUAAUAAAUUAUAUGCACCAGAUGAAUCAUAUUUAGUUGGGCAAAUUUAUGAUCCAAUCAGUAAUGUAUACGGUUGACAGUUUACAUCAAAUUGAAAUUUAUUAGAUCCAUAUAUUAUUCAUGGAAAAGGCAUAGUGUUAGAAUAUAUUGUUGACUUAGGCUCUAUACUUGGAAUAUGAAUAUUCCUUUUGGCCACUCUUCUUGUUGUCUAUCGUCUAAGGCAUAAAUUUUUAAGAAUUUGAGAGUAAAUGAACUGAGAUGGGAUUGAAGCGGCUCAAUUUAUUGUGAAUCUUGUAAAAGUUGUUUUUUAUAUUUUGCUUUACACUGACCUACAUGAACAUUCAUCUGCAAGCGUUAUAUUACUUUGCAUUUAUACCCAAUUAUCACCAUGCCAACACAGAAAUUCGCUGUAAACUAUCACAAUAAGUUACUUACUCAUGUUACGCGUCGCGGAGGAGCAAUAGCCGCUCACUAGCACUCUCUAUCCAACCUUGUCCUCAGCAGUCCUUUCCAGUUGUUUACAGUUGCUAUUCAUCCGUUUCACCUUCACCAUGAGGCGUCAUUAUCCUUGCGAAAGAACAACCUUCAAUUCUCAUUCAGAGUUUAAAUGGUUUAAUUUGUGUAAUCUCGUUGGCAUUGUUCAGCGUUGUUUGUUCCACGAGAUUUGGUUGCUGACACCUGGGAUGUGGUCAUAUUCUACUUUGUGUGCUGUCAGUUAGCACAUUAGACAAGUUGGGUCAUGAAAAUUCAUCCAUAAUGAACAAUACUUUAUUCAACGAAUAUUGAAGCCAAUCUGAACAUUGGAUUAUGGAAUGAUUCGAAUAAUAGACAACUGAGGUUGUCUGGAAUGAAAUAAGAGUAGCCUGUGUCUUCAAUUCAACAAUCGUCAUAAAUUUGCUGUAAACUAUCAUACUAUCAUACUAAACUGACCAAAUUGUCAUCGGAGUGUUGAGGAAGAUUGUCCGAAGUAAAAUCAUAAUGGUUUUCGUAAUCUCACUAUUCAAACGUUGAUGUUUAAGCAAAAAUCAAACCAGCUUGGUUUAUAAAGAGCCAGAUAAAAGCAAUUCGCAGUUCUAUCUUGGCACAUCUAAUUGAUAGCGGUCAUACCGUAGAUAAAUCAAAAUCAUUUCGAGUUAUCUGUCGCAUACCUCCAUCGUUCCUCAACGGAGUUCGUUCCCGCCUCCUACAUAUCGCUGAAGCCAUUGGAAUUCGUACAUAUAACCCUAAUUUAUGUGUACAGAAGAAAUUCGUAACACCCCUAUCCCUUCCAUGGCCAGUUAUAACUUAACUACCGAUAUAUUUUUUUAGCUUUUUUAUUAUUAUCAUUAUUUAUUUAUUUAUUUCAUUCUAUUUUGUUAUCAUUAACCUUGUAUUCUUCACUAUCUGAUUAUUUACACACAUCUUAUUACGUAAUGAUGUUAAUGUUUUGGUGUUGACUAUUCCUAGUCUAUUUACCCAUGUUUGUUUGACCUUCUAUUUCCACUUUCUAUUUUCACUGUGAGUCAGCAGAUGAAGUUAUCGAAAGUAUGAAGGAGAGAACUGGUAAGCGAGUAACUGCUGCCGAUGUGAAAGGUAUGAAAGCUACACUCUCCACUGGUAAGUGUAUAUAAAUAUAUUUCAGGUUGUUUUACUCGGAUUCAGGUGAUGGAUAUGCUGAGACAGAAAGGCGAAGUGAGAGAACAUUUAGAAAAUGGAUAUGCCAUGAGAAUAUGCUUCAGUAGUUUUGACCGAAUACAACUGUACAGAAAAUAUCCAGAUGUUUUGUGCAUUAAUUCUACGUAUAAUACUAAUAAUAAAAAGUGAAUAUGUUUAUCGUUGUAUUUUACUAUGUAGAUAUUCGUUAUUCCAGUUAGUGGUGACGGAUAAUUGGGGUAGAGGACGAACUGUAAUGUUUGCGUGGACACGAAGGGAAAAGCGUGCCGAUGUGAUAUGGAUUUUAGAUCAAUUCAAAGAGAUAAUGGGUAACACAAUGUUGGCUGAAACAUUUGUGAUGGAUUGCGCACGAUGUGAAAGCGCGGCUGUCUGUACAACACACGGACAUGCAAACAUAGUUUUGUGCGCCUUUCAUGUAAUUCGCGCUUUCCGGAAAAAGGCACACCAAUGGUUGCUUACAUAAAAUUGCCCUUAGACAAACGACAAAAUACUGAAAACGUACUUAACUCGAUUGGUAACUGCGGAAACGGUUGGAAAGUAACCUAAAAUAAUAAAUCGGCGGGACAGAUUGAUAGGUCAGUACCUGUCACGUUUUUGGAUGCCGCGUAAGACAAUGUGGGCGCGUGCCUUUUACGGUCAUGUUUUAACAUUGGGUAACAGCACGAAUAAUCGUGUUGAAUCGCUAAAUAAGCAAAUUAAACGAUAUGUACGCAAAAGUGAUAGUCUGUACAAGUGUAUGUACAAGGCUUUAAAAUGGAGUGAAAUGAUGUCAACUAGAAGAAGUAUCGAAGAUCAAGUGAUAGCCGGAAGAUCUUAUAAAUAUAAUGUUCCACAGCGUCUUAUACCCUUGCUAAACAUUUUGACCCCAUUCGCAAGAUCUAAAGUGUUAUACGAACUUAAACAAAUGCGUUUCGUCUACGUGGAUAAUGAAAGCGCCGACUGGUUGUUUAUGGUUGACCUCGGACAACAUCAUGAAGUGAAUAUAAGCAUUUGUCAAUGCAAUUGUAGCACGUUUGUGAUGUGUCGAUAUCCGUGCCGUCACAUGCUACUUGCCUACGUUAAAAGACGAAGUCUUACAGCUCAUCAAGUUCUUAGGUAUUGUAGCAGAUGGAAGUUACAUAAUACCCAGAACUUUCAAAAUAAUACAUUAACGGAGUGAAGUCUAUAUAAGUAUUCAACGAAGCCAAAGAAUCCAUAAACAUCGCAUCAUUGAGAAGUAUGAUGAACGUUUCGCAACGGAAGUCGAGAAGAAAGUGGACAAUUAUUACUUAAGAAUUCUUAAUACCAACUUGUAAACUUGAUUUUCUGUUUUAGCAGCAAU